UUCGCAUUUCUAUUGUAAAUCUAAAACCUAUUUUUUUCAAAGAGGAGAAGCUGAUUUUAUGUCAGUGAGCCAUGAAGGAAUUUGCACUGUCCUUCUGGAUCUACAUGGGAGUGAUGUCUGUGUUUGUUGGGGGGGCCCUGAGGAAAUCGCUGGCAGCCCACAUCAGAGCGGCUGCCACCAUAGUGGCCUGGCUGGGGGUCACGGUGCUGGUGGAGAGGCUGUACUGGCUCAGCCUGCUGGGCUUCCUUCUGGUGGCUGUCCUGGCCGCUGCCUGCUGUCUGUAUGCGGGCAGGAGUGCACCCGUCCUGGGCCUCCCUACAGACAGUAAAGUGGUCUUCAUCACAGGCUGUGAUUCUGGGUUUGGAAAUGCAGCUGCCCGGCACCUGGACUCGCUAGGCUUUGAGGUCAUCGCCAGCGUGCUGCACCUGGACAGCCCAGGAGCUGUGGAGCUGCUGUGCUGCUGCUCCUCCAACCUCACCCUGGUCCAGAUGGACAUAACCCAGCCUAAAGAUGUCCAGAAAGCCUUCAGCAGAACUAAGGCCAAACUUGGGCUCAGAGGUUUGUGGGGCCUUGUGAACAACGCAGGGGUAUGUGUGAGCUUUGGUGAUGCAGAGCUCUCGCUAAUGACCACCUACAGGGGCUGCAUGGAGGUGAACUUCUUUGGAACACUGAACGUCACCAAAACAUUUCUCCCACUUUUAAGAAGAGCCAGGGGUAGGAUUGUCACAAUUUCCAGUCCAUCAGGAGAGCAGCCUUUUCCUUCCCUGGCAGCUUAUGGCGCCUCAAAAGCAGCCCUCAACCUCGUCAUCAACACCCUGAGGCAUGAGCUGCAGCCGUGGGGAGUCGAAGUGUCUCUCAUCCUCCCCUCAGCCUUCAGGACGGGUCAGUGCAGUAAUUCUGAGUACUGGGAACAGCAGCACAAGCACUUGAUAGAGAGUCUGACACCAGGACUGCUGGAGGAAUAUGGGGAGGAGUAUUUGCUGGAGACCAAGGAGCUUUUCCAGCUUCAUGCCAGUAGAGCAAGUGAGGACCUGAGUCCUGUGAUCAGCACCAUCGCUGAUGCACUCACAUCACCGCAGCCGAAAGUGCGCUACUACGCUGGGCCGGGAGUGCAGCUGAUGUACUUUAUCCACACGUACCUCCCCACGUUCUUCAGUGAUAAGUUCUUACAAAGACUCUUUGUGAAGAAGAAGGUCGUGCCACAAGCUUUGAGGAAAACAAUGUGAAUUACAUUUGCAAAUGUAAUUCUAAAAAGACAAUACUGGGUGGCUUUUUAGACACAAAACACUUUAAUGACUGAGAGCAAAAAGGUUAAUUCACACCCUGAAG